AUGUCAGAGCAAAAACGUAUACGAUUAUCAGGAGCUGCAUAUCGAAAACAAAAAUUAAAACGUGAUGAAGAAAUUAAAAAAAACUCUGGUUCCUUUGAAAAAUAUUUGAAAAAAAAUAAUGAAGUUUUAAAUAAUCCAGAAACACAUUCUAAAAUUAUUUCAGAAGAACCAAAUACCUUAGAAGUUACUGACAGUUUAAAAGAAGUUGGUAACUCAGAACAAAUUUCCGAUAGCAUUGACAUUUUCAAUAAUGAAAUAAACAUAACGUUGGAAGAAAAUGCGAGUAUUAAAUCUAAUGAAAAUGAAAAUAACAUAUCUGACCCCGGGACAUGGCCAGCGAUUUUUUCAAAUUCAUUACGACUUCAAUUAGUAAAAACAGGUCCCAUUAAACCAAAUAAAGAUUUUAAAUAUCCUAGAGAUGCGUUAAAUCGACGGUUUCCAAUUUCAAUUUUAAGUAAAGAAUUAAAAAAUGGUGAAGUUAUAGAACGUACGUGGUUAAUUUAUUCUGUUAAAAAUGAUGUUGUGUACUGUUUUUGUUGUAAAAUAUUUAGUAGUGAAAAUUAUGCACUGACUAAAUUUGGCUGUAAUGAUUGGAAAACAUUAGAUAAACAUUAG